CCUAAAAUACACUUUCCUUACAGUCUCUUAUUAUUUUCUGUUGUUCUCAAUUGCUUUUCUCCAAGAUCAUUCUCCAAGCGGAAAGAUGUCUUUGUGCGAUAACGAUUAGCCAUGUAUCUCAUGUACGUCAUUAUGAAACUCUCUCUCUCUCCAUGACCACGAAUUUCUUUCGACACGAUGCGCAUUCAUUCUACGAAGUAGCAAUUAUAAAUACGGAAUCAAGUCUGAUUCCUAGCUUCCGAUCCUAAGCUGAAAACAUCAGCAGCUGAUUGCUUCUUCGCACGAGACACUGCUGCAAGGAAGUCUCCGAGGCGGAAGAUAUUGGACCGCUCGUCGCAUACAAGAACGAGAAAUGUGCAUCAAACCACCCUCUUCUCACCCCACACACUUCUCUCUUCCCAACUUUUCAACAAUCUAAAUUUCGAAUAUGACGACCAAGAUCCCAGCAACGAUGAGAGCAUUGGCUCUGAGCCAUCAUUGCAAUCCCUCCGAGUAUAACGUGGCUACGCUCCCAGUCCCUCAAAUCACACAACCCGAUGAGCUACUCAUUCGAGUCCACGCCGCAUCCGUCAACCCUAUCGACGUCAAGCUCGCUUCUGGGUUCCUCCACACUAACAAACACGCCAGAUUCCCCUACACAAUGGGCUACGACCUCGCCGGCGUCGUAGCAGCCGUCGGCUCACCCACCUCUCGCUUCAAGCCUGGCGAUGAAGUCUACUCCCGCAUCAAUGAACGGUACCGCGGCUCCAUUGCAGAGUACGCACUCUCGACCGUCUCCGAGACGGCGCUGAAGCCCACCUCUCUCUCCUUCGCAGAAGCAGCUGCUGUCCCGCUGGCGGGCCUGACCGCCUUACAGGCGCUCGAUAUCGGACAGCGGGAGAUAGAAGGUGGGUUGGAAGGGAAGGAGGUCUUUAUACCAGCUGGUCUUGGGGGGACGGGUAGUUUUGCGGUACAAUUGGCGAAGGGAGUUUUUGGAGCAAAAACCACCACGACGCUAAGUACGGGAAAGAUCCCGACGAUUAAAGCGACGAUGGGGAAUAGGGGCCCGGAUGUGAUUGUUGAUUAUACGAAAGAGAAUGUAGUGAAGUCUAUUGGGAAGGGGAAGGUAGACUUCAUGUUCGAUACGAUGGGGCAGACGGUGCCGGCGCUGAGCGCGAUGAAGAAGGGCGGCUUGAUCGUGAGUAUCAGCACGGUGCCGAACGGGAGCGCGUUUAAGAAGAAGAAUACGGGGAUGCCGGGGUGGUUGGUUGUAGCGCUGAAUGUGUUUGAUUGGGUGUUGAGGAUGUGGACGCGGGUUUGGGGGGUGCGGUAUCAGUAUCUGGUUAUGGAGGGGAAUGCGAGGGAUUUGGAGAGGAUGAAGGGGUGGGUUGAGGAGGGGAAGGUGAUGCCGAUUGUGGGGGCGAGGGCUAAGUUGAGUAAUAUCGAGGAUGUGAGGAAUGGGUGUCAACAGAUUCUUGAGGGUAAGGGAGGGAUUGGGAAGUUUGUUAUC